CUUCAGGGCUGCGUUGUGCUCGUGUCAAGGCGCCGAUCCUCGGUCUCACCUGGAUACGGCUCGGAUCCGCUUGACUACGGUAAAACUCGGGAUAAACAGAAAGACUAAUAUUAGCGUAGAUGCCAUUCUUCUUCUUCAACUAUUAAACAACUUUACUAAGUAGCAAGGUGGGUUUGUCACUGUUUGAAAUCAUGUUGCUUCUUCAUAACAAAACAAUCGUAUCAAAUAAAAAGUUGUGUAGUGCUAUGAAAUACUACCAGUAUACAAUAUUACAUUUGUCCUGAUAAUAUUUUAGCAAUACACAGUAAUUGUUUCUGAUUUUCCAUUAAAUCAAAAGCUUUCAGCUUAGCUAAGCUAAUUUAAGUAGCCAGUUGUCCAUCUUGCUAAUAUGUUUUGGAGUCAUUUUCUAAUCUCUGUAAUACAUUGAGAUGUUCUCAUGAAUAAGGAUUCACUGGUAAUCUACCUACAGAGCACAUUUAGUGAAGUUCACAGCGUAAUUUCAGGAGGAGUGAACCCAUCUAAUCGUUCAAUUAGUGAAACUCAAACAUAAUAUCAAGAGGAGGGAACCCUAAUCUUUCAAUUACAUCCAGAGCAUAUAAGCAGCUACUCACCCUGCUCUGGCAUCAGUUGUUUCGAUAUCCCUCCACCUCCCCAACUCCACCACAUAAAUUAGGCAUCUCAUCUAUCGUACUCCUCUUCCAGGUACUAGUAGUCCCUGGGGGGUGUAUCCAAGCUCGAAUUGAAGCUGCUUCCUCGAGCCCCUCCACAGCGGACAGCAAGCCAAAUACGCGUAACCUUAUUAGCUUAAAGAUUUUAUGAGGAAACGAACUCGUGAAAUGUAUUGUGGACCAUCCCUCUAUAUUACUGUGUUAGGGCAUGUGGUGAAGUCCAAAAGCUAAAGCACGUCCAUUACAGAGAAUUAGAUAAACAAACUGAGGUAUAUUCUAUGAUUGUGCAAAGAUUUGGACCAACAGGUGGGGUCAGAGCUUCCUCCCUUUAGGCACACAUUUUAGACUCUGGACACUAAGACCCUACCCAUAAUCCCCCAGUGGAGCCACCUACUCAGGUGAAUAUAAAGUCCAGACAGAACAGCUCGCAGACAUCAGACCUCAGCACAGGAGCAUCCUUGACAUCGCUACAGACUGAGGACACAACAUGGACACAAGAGCCUCCCUCUCCAUUCUGCUGCUGCUGUUUGGCAUCUCCCAGGCGUCUCCUCUCAUGGAGCAGAUGUUUGAAGGCGUAUUUGUAUCAGAGCCUGAAACCAUCGACAUCACCACAAGAAUUUUGGACACCAACAAUGGAUCAUCUGAAGUCUUGCUUGAAGGAGAUCUGGUCUUUCCCAAAACCAGAAAUGCUCUCUACUGCUUGAACAACAACUGUUUCUGGAAGAAAAACUCGAACAACGUAGUGGAGGUCCCGUACAUAGUGAGCGCUGAAUUCUCCAAUUCCGACAGAUCUGUGAUUGCGAACGCCAUGUCGGCCUUUCAUGCCAAAACCUGCAUCCGCUUUGUGGCCAGAUCAUCUCAGACUGACUACAUCAGUAUUGAGAACAAAGAUGGGUGCUUCUCUUCUCUAGGUAGAACUGGUGGCAAACAGGUGGUCUCCCUCAACAGGCAAGGCUGUGUGUACACUGGCAUCGCUGAACAUGAGCUGAAUCAUGCCCUGGGCUUCUACCACGAGCAUACCAGGAGUGAUCGUGACAAAUACGUCAAAAUCAACUGGGAGAACUUGUCUGCUGAUAUGUCCUACAACUUCGAGAAACAGAACACCAACAACCAAAACACUCCAUACGACUACGGCUCCAUCAUGCACUAUGGAAGAACAGCCUUCGCCGUCCAGCCUGGGCUGGAAACCAUCACUCCCAUUCCUGAUGCAACGGUGGAAAUCGGACAGAGGCAGGGACUGUCCAACAUCGACAUCCUGAGGAUCAACAAGCUGUAUGGAUGCUGAAGAUGAGGCUUGUACACAUAAUUCAAUAUAGGUCAUAUAUCUGUAGAUGAAUAGUGCUAUGAUGAGGUUAUGUUUUUGUCUUUUGAUGGUGCUGAAUUUCUGAAAUAUGUAAUUGUGUUGGGUUGUGAAAAAUAAAGCUAAACUGCAAGACAAA